AUGUCUGGGAAAACUCAGGGUCCCAAAGCUCGUGGUGGUAGAUCUGGCGGUCGUGGCAAAUCAACCGGCAGAGUCGGUGGAGCCAACAACAGAGAGGUUAUGCCCUUAGGCGGAGGUGUUCCAGAGGGUCAACAACACGAGGAUCUUGUUCAGCAAGCCCAUCAACAUGCUCAUCAAGUUCAGAUUCCGGACAAUGAGCAAGAUGAAGAGGAUGAACAAAUGUUUCGUCUUCCCGAUGAUCUAUUGGCUCUUGCUGAUAUAACUCAGAACAUUCAACUCAACGGACACUCACCAUUGAAGAAAAAAAUGAUAUCUUUCUUAAGGUUAGCUUCAAUACACCUGUACGCUCAAUCUAGUUUUAUCACUAGCUUCACAAGCAUGAUGUUUUUUCAUGGAACAAUAACUUCUUCUAUAGCGUGGUGGUCUAGGAAUCGCAAAGAACGUAGCCGGUUAGAAAUCCUUCUUGACAACCAAACAAGAGAUGGAGGAGGAAUAUGGUCGUCCAAUAUCUCUAAAUAUGAUCCAGAUGGCCCAAACAAUUCAGAGAAUCCUUCUGAACGUUCUACUCAACGGACACUAACCAUCGAUGAAGAGAAUAAGAUAUUCCUCAAGUGUACAAGAACUGAUAACAAGGGGAACCCUUUUGGACUUGGGGAGCUACCUCUGGUACUCGGCAAAAGAAAGAGGAAAGAGAGCUACAAAAGCACUUCUACGGAUGCACUUACAGUGAUCCAGCAAAAGCUUGAUGCGGCUGAAGAGAAAAUAGCUGCACAAGAAAAGGAGAAUGCGAGAUGGGAUCAGGAACACCGGGCAGCUCAAGCUCAGAUCUCUAAAAUGGCAAAGCUUAUUCGGUACACGAAGAACUCUGAUCUCGACUGUGCAGCAUGCAUGAGAGAACAAGCUCCCGCAUGCAACUCUCCAACUACUGAUCCAAGCUUGGCACAAGGCACAUCACCAGUCACCGCAGCAGGCACCACAAAACCUACUGGACCAGUCACCACACCUAACACCCAAACCUAG